AAGUUGUUUAUUCACAAGUUAUCAUUCCACACUAAUGAAAAUAACUCUGCCUCCUUUCUCACCUAAGGGUACUACUAGAUCCUACAAUGUUCGUUCCAUAAGCUUUCCUGCUAGAUCACAUCCUACAAUUUGCAAAAUCGAGCAAGAGUUGAGCAACCAAAGUUCGUCAUCAACGCCGAAAAACGCAGCUCAAAUUCGCGAUCGUCUAGCGGAACUUAAAGAGAUCUACAUUUGCAUACAAGAUCUACUAAACUUGUCACUAACCCAACAAGCCCUAGCACAACAUCACAAAGAGAAAUGGGUUGGUGACACAUUAGAUGAUUUCAUUAAGUUCUUGGAUAUAUGCAGCAACACGAGAGACGCUAUCUUGGCGAUGAAAGAAUCCGUUCGGGAUCUUCAAUCCGCUCUUCGAAGAAGCAAAGCGGGUGGAGAUCAGCUAAUAAGCAUUAUUGAAACAAAUGCCAAUUCUUAUUUUUGCUCUAGGAAAAAGAUGAAGAAAGAAGCAAAAAGAUCUCUUGAAUCUUUGAAGCAAAACAAGGAAAAUUUUGCAUAUUCCGAUCAUCACGACGUGGAUGCGGUGGUUAAAUCGGUUAGAGGGGCGAAUUCGGUUAGCGUUUCGAUCUUUAGCUCACUAUUAUUGUUCUUAUCUUCACCAAUCUUGAAACCAAAGACGAGUGCUAAAUGGGGUUUGCUUACAAAACUGGUGCACAGAGGUUCAAUAGUUGCAUGUGAAGGCCAAGAAUUGGAGAAGAUGAACGAGCUAGAGAAUGUGGAUCAAGCAUUAAUGAAUCUAUUGGUGUCCAAUUCGAAGGAUGAAUUAGAGGAGGAGAAGAUUGAAAGUGCACAGAAAAUGCUGCAAAUUUUAGAGGUCAGCAUUGAAGAAUUAGAAAAUGGAUUAGAGUGGUUAUUUAGAGAGCUAAUUCAGAGUAGAGUUUCGCUCUUGAACAUAGUGUCUCACCAGCUAGAGUGAAUUUUAAUAUAGCAUCCUCAUUUUUUUUGGAUGUUCUAUAUAUAUUACAAUCAUGUGUACAAUUAUGACUCUCAUUGUAAAUAUAGUAAAUGAAAUUGAGAU